UAUAAAGCAUCCCCUUUCCAUUCUCAGGAUCGCAUCUGGUUUUCAUCGAGAUCUUCUGACCGACGUAUUCAGAUCGACAAUCACACUGAAAACAUCACACUAUACACGCUUUCUUUGCCCCGGACUCGGGAGUGCUUAUCCUUAAUUCUUGAAAAUGGCAUCGCGAAAGAGAGGCCCCCCAAGUAGCGAGCUCCAAUCACCAAAGAGAAUUCGAACUCGCAGCUCUGGAGCUACAAAGAGAUUGCCGCCUGGCCCAGCUUGCCCAGGUGAAGUGCAGAUUCGCGAUAGUGGCCCACUUUCCAAAUUUCCGUCGGGGUCUGACGUCUUCGAGGCCUUUGCUAAGAUCAGAGCAGACAACGACCUUACAGAUGAGGACACAUUUCUUCAGUUGUUAGCAACUUAUGAUACUCAGCUGUCCACUCUCUCGCAGAUCUCAGCCAAGAUAUUGGAAGUCUCCUUUUCCAAUGUGGCAUACAAGCAAAUUGCACCAUACGUGUGGUUAGAUCCUAGUGGGACAGGUCGAGAUAUGUUACAACUCGAUGUCUUUCGAUCUCGGAUUCCUACUGACAUGUUUCGGGAUAUUGUACGUGAUGUUGAUGAUGCUCUCACACAACACGGUCCCCUUGAUGCCCAUGAAAACGAAGAAACCAGAUCCCGCUUCAUCUCCUCGCUUUUCACCCGCAUUGUUUGCGUAUUCAACAAUAUUGUUGUCAAUAAGCCGGGCACCCUGCUGGAUAGUGAGGUUACUAGAAAAGGCCGUAUAGAGCACCACUUUGUUGCACUGGACUCUGUGAGCAUCGUUUUUAUCGAGGUAAAAAAGUCCUGCGCGAUGGGAAAGCAAGGCCUUGAUGUAAAGGGCCAGGUUCUGGCUGAGUGUGCGGCGAGCGACUAUGCCAACAAGAAGGAAGGACACUGGGUGCCCAUCCUUGCUAUAGUAUACGAUGGCAAUAAUUUCGAGUUUUUUGUCUUUGACUCGUCAGCCAAAGAGGUAUACUCAUCACGCCGCAUUGUAGGUAUUACAUGCAAUGAGGUAGGCGACCAGACUGAUCUCCUUAUUUCUAUUAAAAAAACUUGUGAAUAUCUGUUCGAUUGGUUCAUCAUGGGCUACAUUAAUAGCCUUCAAUCAUUCGGAUAUCACUCAUUGAAACGAUCGCGUACCAAAAAACGGGAAUCUACUAGUCAAUGGGAAAGUGCGCUGGCGAAUGCUCAUACCGCACACUGGCAUCUCAGAGAAGGGGCCGAAGCCGCUACAAAGCAAAGGUUUCAGGAUGCUGAGACAAUGGCCAGCAGGGGGUUAAAGCAGCUGAAACAGAGUGUUGCGGAGGUCCCCCGCAAACCACUAUAUGCGGGAAGUCUUGAAUCCUUAUGGGAUGACAGCAUGCCUUUAGAAGAGGCCUUAAGAGAUCGAAACAUCUUCUAACCAAACUGAGUAUGAUUUAAGGGGAUAGACAUCAUCGAGUUUGUCUUGCCGGGUGACUAUCGAUGUUUGGAUGUCGGUUAUUGUGGCCGAGCUUGUUCCUUUGAUUCGGAUUGAGUCGAUGUCAAGUUGGGGGUCGAGACCGGUCAUUACUUACUAAUUAUUUCCUAAUAUUGUGUCUUAAUCUGAGAACUAUCCUAAUAUUCAUUAUUUCGGAAGCUAGGGGAGAUCCUGGAAAAGGCUUUUUCAGGACUUCCUAUAUUACCCACAUUAAACCAUAGUCUGCUCUGGGGCAAGAUUAUGUCUGCUACAAACAACCUUGAAACUAAUACCAAUGUCUUGCGCUUGGUGGAGUAAUUGGACCACGGUAUAUUUGAUUGGACGGGUUGAGACGCUGGAUACACAAUGUGUGCUGAUUUCUUUUUGGCCCGAGUAACGAGUUAGAUAGUCCCUGUAUAUUCCCGUUUAAUCUGAUUUAUAUCAGAAUAUAAGCCCUGAUUUAGAAUAGAUAGACGGUGUUGGCAGAUUUUGUAGGGUGAUAAUCUGAGUCCACUGAUCUAUUGUU